UUAUCAAACUCACCCUCUUUCACUUUUAUGAAUAUCACCAUUGCACACUCUCUCUUCUCUCUCUUAUAAAAAAACCACUCCCAAAUUUUGUGUCUCCAAAGUCAUAUGGAUAAAGGAAGCGCAAUCCUAGUGGCAUUCAUCUGCCUCGUCGCCAGCGUCGGCGGCAUUUCCCCCUCCUCCCCCCCAGCUAAUGCCCCCUCACCCGCCACGUCGCCCGUAGCCACUCCUCCUUCCAACCCCGCCACUCCAGCAACUCCAGUCUCCACUCCUCCCGCUGCAGCUCCGGUCUCAACUCCUCCAGCCUCACCUCCCGUCGUAAGCUCUCCCACCACUCCACCCGCCGCCACCUCCUCUCCAACUGAGGCGCCAGCACCGAGCAAGAAGCACGCCGCCCCGGCUCCUGCUCCUGAGACCGCCGGACCACCAGCACCCCCCGCCGGAGCUCCCGGACCUGGCGCCGACGCCUUCGCCCCUGCCCCUGUCUCUGUCUCUGUCGGUGAUUUGAGUGGGGCUGAGAAAUUGAUGAGCGUGCAGAAGGUGUUGGCUAGUUUUGCAGUGGCCUCAGUAUUUGGGUGGAUGUUGUUCUAGAAACUUGAUUCUUUUUAGUGAAUUUGCGUUUUUGAGUUUCUAUGGGAAUUCGCCAAAUAUUUGGCUCUCUUGGAUUCUUUGUUUGGGUAGAGAGAUUAAUUAAGAGGGACAUAGACGUCGAGAGAGCCCUUUUAUAUUCUUCAUUGCUUUAUGUAUCAAGAGCUACAUAGGUCGUUGUGCUUUUGGGAUGACUUAUACUAUCAUCCUUGUGCACAUUAGUUUUAUCAAACAAUGAACAUUCAUAUGUAACUUUUCUUGAUCACUACACUCCGUUUCACUUGGCUCUAUUUAUUGAAAUCAACUGCUGAGGUUGGAACUAUAUUUCAAACA